GCUGAUCCGGACGUUGGGUCUUUUCUGUGGUCCUGUUUGAAUGUGUCGGACCCCCACCUCCCCCUCUACCCCCUCCCCAGUCCCACCCACCGCUCUCCAACACAAACACACCACCAGUCCUCAUUUACUGGAUCUGCGCUUUGUUAUCAGAGCCUUCCCCUCCUCUGCCUCUUUGAAUCCAGGAGAGAGAAGGGGACUUUAUUUGUGGAUUGAUUUCUGACUGAAUCUGGAUCUUCCUCUGCUGCAGGACCUCGGCUUGAUGCAUCUACGAAUGUAGGCUAAUUACUGUCAAAGAAACUGCUCUAAACGCCGGAACAAAAGGAGGCUGAAGACCCUUUCUUUCUCCACCCGGUGUGUCAAUCAUUUUUCCACCACUGCAGUUGUCAACUUGGAGCCCUGUUGGGAAAUGGACAAACCCCUCUGAAGUGAAGGCGCUGCUCUUCCUCACCAACACAACCACAGGACGUGAUUUGGACGAGGAUCCCCGAGUGGAGGACUGCCCCGGAGACCGAGAGAAGGGGACCUCACAAGACUGAAGGAUUUAAUCUUAAAAAGGGGAACACUGCAGCUGGACCAGACUGUCGACUGCAAUAACCAGCAUGUUUACAUCCCUGUUUCCAUGGUAACCAGAGAGGAGCAUGCACGUCCGGGUCAGGAGUUAGCCUCAGUAUUCAUCUCUUACGCCUGCCUCCUGUGAGAACUACACUACCCAGAAUCCCUGUGAACUGACGACACAGGUCGACAUUAAGAUCAGUUUAAGAUUAAAUAAAAGAACACUCCUAGGAACAAAAGCUACAAAACUUCAACAAGAACUACAACUCUGCUGUGAAGAGGACCAACAUGGCCAACAACACGGCAGAUCACCCUCCGGGGAACUCGGUUGCCGAGGGCAACCAUGACGGAGACUUUGGGCUGACCAUGACAGACCUGAGGGGUCUGAUGGAGCUGAGGAGCGCAGAGGCCGUCAACAAGAUACAGGACACGUACACGGACGUGCAGGGGAUCUGCCGCCGCCUCAAAACGUCGCCCAUAGAAGGUUUGUCUGGAAACCCCGUCGAUUUGGAGAAACGUCGCACAGCAUUUGGACAGAACUUCAUCCCCCCAAAGAAGGCGAAGACGUUCCUGCAGCUGGUGUGGGAGGCUCUGCAGGAUGUCACACUUAUCAUCUUGGAAAUUGCUGCCAUCAUCUCACUGGGCCUGUCUUUCUACCAUCCACCAGGGGGUGACAGUGAAGCAUGCGGUCAGGCUGCAGGAGGGGUAGAGGAUGAAGGAGAGUCCCAAGCCGGCUGGAUAGAGGGUGCUGCCAUCUUGUUCUCUGUAAUCAUUGUGGUUUUGGUGACAGCGUUUAACGAUUGGUCCAAAGAAAAGCAGUUCCGAGGCCUUCAGAGUCGCAUCGAGCAAGAACAAAAAUUCACCGUCAUCCGUAAAGGCCAGGUCAUCCAGAUCCCUGUGGCUGAGAUUGUAGUGGGAGACAUCGCUCAAAUCAAAUACGGAGAUCUUCUGCCUGCUGACGGGAUCCUGAUCCAAGGCAACGACCUGAAGAUUGACGAAAGCUCUCUGACUGGAGAAUCUGAUCAUGUACGCAAGUCUCUGGAGAAAGACCCCAUGCUCCUGUCUGGGACCCACGUCAUGGAGGGAUCAGGUCGGAUGGUGGUGUCAGCCGUCGGCCUCAACUCUCAGACCGGCAUCAUCUUCACUCUGCUGGGCGCCAGCGAGAACGACGAGGAGAAGAAGGUCAAGAAAAGUAAAAAACAAGGACCCCCCGAAAAUCGCAACAAAGCCAAAACCCAGGACGGCAUCGCCCUGGAGAUCCAGCCACUGAAGAGCGAGGAGGCCGCCGAGUCAGAGGAGAAGGAGGAGAAAGAGGAGGUGAAGCAAGUGAAGAAGGUCAACGUGACCAAGAAGGAGAAGUCGGUGCUGCAGGGGAAACUGACCAGACUGGCUGUGCAGAUCGGGAAGGCUGGUCUUAUCAUGUCUGCUGUGACCGUCAUCAUCCUCAUCCUCUAUUUCGUCAUCGACACGUUUGGAGUUCAGGGUCGCUCCUGGGUGGCCGAGUGCACACCCAUCUACAUCCAGUACUUCGUCAAGUUCUUCAUCAUCGGUGUCACCGUGCUCGUGGUCGCUGUUCCUGAGGGUCUGCCGCUGGCCGUCACCAUCUCUCUGGCCUACUCUGUGAAGAAAAUGAUGAAGGAUAACAACCUGGUGCGUCACCUGGACGCCUGUGAGACCAUGGGCAACGCCACGGCCAUCUGCUCGGACAAAACUGGAACGCUGACAAUGAACAGGAUGACAGUGGUUCAGGUGUAUGUUGGGGACACGCACCAUAAAACUGUACCUGAACCUGACGUCAUCAAACCAGAGACCCUGGAAACAUUGGUCAACAGCAUCUCCAUCAACUCUGCCUACACCACCAAGAUCCUGCCUCCAGAGAAAGAAGGUGGCCUUCCCCGCCAUGUUGGCAACAAGACAGAAUGUGCUCUUCUCGGCCUGGUGCUGGACCUAAAGAGGGACUACCAACCAGUCAGAGAUGAGGUCCCUGAAGAGAAACUCUACAAAGUUUACACCUUUAACUCCUCUCGUAAGUCCAUGAGCACGGUGCUGAAGAACCCUGACGGAGGCUUCAGGAUGUACAGCAAAGGAGCAUCAGAGAUCGUCCUGCGGAAAUGCUCUCGUAUUCUGGACGCCCAGGGUCAGCCCCGAGUUUUUAAGCCAAAGGACCGUGACGAGAUGGUGCGUAAGGUGAUCGAGCCAAUGGCUUGUGACGGGCUUAGGACCAUCUGUGUGGCAUACAGGGAUUUUCCUGCUGAGGCCGGAGAGCCUGACUGGGACAAUGAGAACGACAUCCUGAACGAGCUGACCUGCAUUGUCGUGGUUGGCAUCGAAGACCCCGUCAGACCCGAGGUGCCUGAGGCGAUAACAAAGUGUCAGCGUGCUGGCAUCACAGUGCGCAUGGUCACCGGAGACAACAUCAACACCGCCCGCGCCAUCGCAACCAAGUGUGGCAUCCUGCUGCCCGGGGAGGACUUCCUGUGUCUGGAGGGGAAAGAGUUCAACCGGCAGAUCAGGAACGACAAAGGAGAGGUGGAACAGGAGCGUCUAGACAAAGUUUGGCCCAAACUCCGUGUCCUGGCUCGAUCUUCACCCACAGACAAACACACUCUGGUCAAAGGAAUCAUCGACAGCACGGUUGGAGAAACUCGACAGGUGGUGGCGGUGACAGGAGACGGUACCAACGACGGCCCCGCCCUCAAGAAAGCUGAUGUUGGAUUCGCUAUGGGAAUCGCUGGGACAGACGUGGCUAAGGAGGCAUCUGACAUCAUCCUGACUGACGACAACUUUACCAGCAUUGUCAAAGCCGUCAUGUGGGGAAGAAAUGUUUACGACAGCAUUUCUAAAUUCCUGCAGUUCCAGCUGACCGUCAACGUGGUGGCCGUGAUCGUGGCGUUUACCGGCGCGUGCAUCACACAGGACUCUCCUCUGAAAGCCGUGCAGAUGCUCUGGGUCAACCUCAUCAUGGACACUCUGGCAUCUCUCGCUCUGGCCACCGAACCACCCACCGAGUCUCUGCUGCUGCGUAAACCUUAUGGCCGUGACAAACCCCUCAUCUCCAGGACCAUGAUGAAGAACAUUCUAGGCCACGCUGUGUACCAACUCGUCAUCAUCUUCACCCUGCUCUUCGCUGGUGAAAACUUUUUUGACAUCGAUAGUGGCCGUAAUGCUCCCCUGCACUCGCCGCCUUCAGAGCACUACACCAUCGUCUUUAACGUGUUCGUCAUGAUGCAGCUAUUCAAUGAAAUCAAUGCCAGAAAGAUCCACGGAGAGAGGAACGUGUUUGAGGGUAUCUACAGAAACCCCAUCUUCUGCAGCGUCGUCCUGGGAACCUUCGCCCUUCAGAUCGUCAUCGUUCAGUUCGGAGGGAAGCCGUUCUCCUGCACGGCUCUGACCAUCGACCAGUGGCUGUGGUGCGUGUUCAUCGGCGUGGGAGAGCUGCUGUGGGGACAGCUGAUCUCAGCCAUCCCAACACACCACCUGAAGUUCCUGAAGGAGGCUGGUCACGGCAUCACGAAGGAGGAGAUCCACGAGGAGGAGCUGACGGAGGGCACGGACGAGAUCGACCACGCUGAGAUGGAGCUGAGGAGAGGCCAGAUCCUGUGGUUCAGAGGUCUUAACCGCAUCCAGACGCAGAUUAAAGUGGUGAAUGCGUUCCGUAGCUCCCUGUACGCGGGGCUGGAGAGCCCAGAGUCCCGUAGCUCCAUCCACAGCUUCAUGGCCCAUCCCGAGUUCGUCCCGCUGUCCGAGGAGGAGGCUCGCAUCCCCCCCAUCGAGGAGACCGGAGACGAGAUCGACCCCCUCCCCAGCCCCUCCUCUUAGGCAGGGGGAGGAGGAGAGCUGCCCAGCGCCUUCCCCCACAGCCGCGAGUUAUCCAUCUGAGCUCCUCUCUCUCCUCCUCCUCCUCCCUAUAAGCAUCAUCUGUCAUCCCACCGACCGAACUGUCGCACCGAGGAGGGAAGUCAUCACUCUGCUCAUCCCCUCAUUCUGCACGCACGCACAUGCUUCACAUCGUCUUCACCCCCCCUCAUUCAUCGCUGCCACGUUGUGUUUUUCAUAGGUUCAAGGUUCUUUCUUAUACAGUCAUACUGACUGUGGCAUUGUUCUGCCUGUAAGUUUGUCCCUCCACCACCACCAUACAUGUAUCAGCAGAGGGUGGAGUCCAGAGUCUCCACUGUGGAAGGCCUGUCCUCGUUCAUUCAUGUAUAUUUUUUACUCGAUCAUUUUAAAAGCUUUUAAAUAUGUUGGGUUCUAUUCUGUUUUAUAUUUUGCGGGACUCGCAGCAGCAUGUCGUGUUCUGUACUUGCUUCCAUUCCUGCUUCUCAAAAACGGCACCGAACUUUUCAAAGAGUGCAGAGAUUCUCAUGUACAUACGCUUUCGUUCUUCUACACAGCUAACAGCCAGGUUUGGUGAUCAGAACAUUUUUAGGCAAAUGCAAAAAUGUAAUCUUUUAUUUUUGUCUUUUUUUUAACCUCCUAAAAUUGUUAAUCGAUGAUUGAUUCAAACUCCUGAGAAUGUCUUGUGAGUGUGACACUACGGCCUGCAAGGUUCAACUGUUAAAAAAUGUUCUUCCCUUUAUUGUGUCUGUAUGUGUCGCGUUUUCUUUAGCUGCUGUGUUGCAUGUGGAAGGACAGAAUGUUUACUACACAUAAAUAUAUCUAACAUGGUGGCGUCCAGAGAGGACUCGCUCUCUGCUCAUCUCAUCCAGUCAGGAUUCUGGUUCUCUCUGCCCCUACCCCACGUACGUCCACGGCGUCGAUUGGGAACAGGAGUGUGCUUCAUGUUUCCCCCUCUUAUAGGAUGCAUGUUAUGUUUCAUUCGUGUUGAGUCGCAUGAUAACUUAGGAAUGAAUAUUUGGGAUUCUGUUUAGACAACCAUAUGUUAGUUCGUCUGCAGCAGCGUCUGUUCGGAGCUCAGUUAACUUCCUGAAUAAAGGGCUGAACUUCCUGUUUGCACAACAAGACUAAAUCAGACUUAUCAAUUCUCAAAACGUUAGGAAAACUGGAGAAAAGUUGGAUCUGUUCAGGCUUGCUUUGGAGUCUAUGUUGCAGGGUGUUACGACCUUAUUUAAAGCAGUCUACCAACACUUGGUUGGAUGAGUUACAGUUAAAAUUGUCUUUAUAUAGCAGUAGAGUUGUGAGAGGAAGAAUAGACCAUGAUUCAUGACCAUUCACAGUAGCCAACAAGACAGCUGCGAAGGAUCUUAUGUUGGCCUGGAUCUGUGCCCAAAGGAGACUGAUGGCAACUGUUAAAUAUCUGAUGCAUAUUGUGCCACGGUUGGUCUUCAGUAUUCAGGUGGAAUCCCCAAUCUAUGUGCAAGAAAGUGGACUACACAACAGCUCGGUUGUCAGAGAGUAAGACUUCUGUACAACCCAGAUAGUCCUUUGCUUUGUGGUUCCUUGUGGGCAGGAGACCAUCCAAGCUCCAAUGGGGCAAAAGUUGGGUACUCCCAGUUGGGCCAUUGGUGCCUUUCUUGCAGCGUCACAGCAGAGGUGAUAAAAUGAGGAUAUAAAGGCAUGACUUCCCUUGGAAUUUACUGUCCACUGCCAUUCUAUCGUUCUUUAGGUGUCAGGACCAACCCAAUUGGACAUCUUCAUGCUUAAUCCACAGUAGACCGGUUGGAUUAAGUAAUUUGGGGCAACGGACACAGAGAGGAACUAAACCAAUCAUUCCACAUCAAAGUCUCAAAUGCCAGCUUUCUUGCCCUGUUUGCUUCCCUGUUUUAGACUUAUAUUAAGACCAUUUAAGAAACAACAUUUUGUGGUGUCUUGUAGAAUUUGGGCCCAUCCAAGCUCUAAUGGGGCAGAAGUUGGGUACUCUCAUUUGGGUCUUUGGUGCCUUCUAGUUUCGCCAUUGUAGAGGUGAUGAAAUAAGGGCAGAAUAGAUGACUGAUGACCUGACUGUCAAGAGGAUAGAGUGCUGAAUCAUCUAGAAAGUGUGAAGUGUCAGAACCAACCAGGGUCAUCACGGUCUAAAAAGCCAACUUCCUUACCUUGUUAGCUUCUCUUUCCCCUUGCCCUGUUUUCUUGUAAGGAUAUUGUAGACCAAAUAAAUACACACAAGCUAGGUAGUAGCAAGUAGGACUUCAAAACAACCCAAAAAGGCCUUUGUUUAAUGGGUCUUUCUGGAGCCCAUCUGAGUUCUCAUGGGGCAAAAGUUGGGUACUUCUAAUUGGGUCAACAGUGCCUUUCUUUCUUCGUCACUGCAAAGGUGAUCAAACAAGUAUAAUAGAGGCUUAAUAACCUGAUUGUCAGAGAGAAAGAGUGCUAAAUCAUCUGGAAAGUCUGAAGUGUCUGUACCAGCCCAACUGGAAAUCUCUUGGUUUAAGUCACUGAGGGUUACAAACAGUGACAGAGACACUAAACCAAUAAUAUUUAGGUUAAGAGUUUUCAGGCAUUCUGCAUCAAGGUCUUAAAUACCAACUUCUUUGCCUUGUUUGCUUUUCUUGCCUCUUUCCCUGUUUUAAGCAUAUAUUAGAGAAGUUUUGCAAUCAAAAAAAAUGCAUAGACAAGGUAGUAGGCAAGUAUGACUUCCACAUGACCCAAAUAGUCCUUUUUUCAUGGGUCUUUGUGGAUUUGGAGCCCAUCCAGGUUCUCAUGGGGCAAAAGUCAGGUAUUCCCAGUUGGGUAAUUGGUGCCUUUCUUGCUUUGUCAUUGCAAAGGUGAUAAAAUAAAAAAGCCUUGAUAGCUUCAUUGCCAAGAGGAAAGAGUGCUGACUCACUUGGAAACUAUCUGCCUGCUGCCAUUCCAUCAUGUCGGGACCAGCCCAAAUGGGCGUCUUCUCAUGGAAACGACUGCAGAUUGAUUGGAUUAAGUCAUUAAAGUUUAAGAACAGACACAGAAAGAAAGUAAACCAAAAAAAAAAAAAAACUAGGUAAAGAGUUACCAAUUAUUCUGCAUCAAGGUCUUAAAUGCCAACUUCCUUGCCUUGCUUGCUUCUCUUGCCUCUUUUCCCAUUGUUGAUGUAGAAUAUUUUGGAGACCAAUCAUAAAACACACACCUGACCAUGGCACUGUGAGGUAAGACCCCCAUUGCUAAUCACUGCCCAGCUUUACUGUUCUCACAUGACCAAAUUGUGUCCAAUGGACCCUUACAGCAACAAAAAAAGUGCCAUUUGGGCUUGGCUCUAUUUUACUAAGUCAGAGCCAACAAAAACAUCAUUACUGCCACUGGAUGAGAAGUUUUCAUCCCAUUUCCUCCCCAGAAUAGUUGUCCUUGUAGGAAGAGGUCCAUAAUUUCCUACUUUAGAUUCUAUCAGUUUCCUAUUAUUCAUUUAGAUCUGAGUUUCUGUGGUGUCAUACUGUUAAAGGUAGCCCAAACUUUCCUUAUCUGCUCCCAGGAAUAUUCCUGAGCUCUUCCUAAUCAAUCCCAAGAUGUUCCUAGUCCAGAUUCAUUUAUUUGGAGGCAUCCUUAUCAGAAAGGAAACCACCUUAAACAUUUCUUUACAACAUGAACUGUUAAGCAAUUGUCUUGGUGUUCACCAUCUUUCUAUUGUCUAAAGAGGCACUAUAAUUGCCUCUUAAAAUAGCUGUAGUAUUGAUAAGUCUGUUUUGGGUCACAAUGCAAGAUGUUCAGGUCAACAACCAAGAAGUUACAGAUCUCUGAACAGUGUCUGGACCGUCUCUCUGUGUUAAAGACAAAUCUUAGUACCAAUUCUGAUGUUUCUGUUCCUGUAUUUGUCAGUUUUAGGAACAGAAACUCAAUCAUUGCACAGCUGGCAGUAGAGAAAGAGUUUGAUCAUCAUCCCUCUCCACUCUGCUGUGAUUGAUUAACACUCAUCAGUGUGGCGGCUACGCUGAGGUUUAUGGGAGACUGAUGAUGCCACCAGUCAGCCUGUAGAGUUAAACCCACUGUGUGUCAGUGCUGCCGCUCAGUACUUCUUGCCUGCCAUUGUCCGCAGAUUACUGUCUUAAAAGAAGAAGGAAUCAUCUACCAAUCAGAGGCAGUGAUGUGUCUAAUCCCCUCUUAGUCCAACUAGCAGCCAUCAAGCUAUCUUUGAUCUAGGACACGUUAUCGAAGUAAUGUGCUACUACUGCCAUAUUUCCAACCUUCCUGUCACGACUAGGUUCUUCCUCUCCCCUCUGAUGAGCUUUUUCUAUGUAACUCAGAGCCAUAUUUUAUAGGUUGUCUGUAUUGUUUUUUAUCUCAUUGUUAUCAAGGUUUCCUUUGGACUUUCCCAACCCCAGCCCAUCCCCUCUUCCUUCCCUGGCCCUGUGCUCCAAACAUGACCAAAAAAGCAAGGAGAAAAUCUUCAGUCGUCACUGCCGAACCAAGUUUAAAGGACCUCUACAAUGUUUACAUGAAAAGCAAGUGGGUGGCAGUUCGCCUGCGCUUCUCUCAUCCGACCACUUCCCUUUCAUUCCCUUGCUUUCCUGAAUCUUAGAGUUACUAUUUAACUAAAUGGGGAAUCUUUCUUGCAUGGUUUUCAUAUAAAAUUCAAUGUUUUGCUCAUUUUUUACAAUUCUUCUGUAUUUUUAUAUUAAGUACUUUUUAAUAUUUUGGAGAUAUAUGAAUAUAUAUGUAUAGGCUGAAGAGUUUGGUGACAGUACAGUACAUGAAUGAGAUGAAUCUAACGUGGACUCUGUCUUUUUACAGCUCUCUAAAUAUUUAUGCCACGUGUGUCGUCACCUAAUGUUAGGGCUCAGAAACCUGCAGUGACUUGUUUACUUCCUGUCGGCCGUUCAAUUGGAAUCCCAACAAUUUUUUUCUCAUCAGCCCCCCUUUUAAACAAAUAUAUUCACUUUAUCUAAGAUGUUGUGAUACACUACACGCUAUGUGAUUUUGCAGUUAUCCAACUCCAUUAGAGUUCAGCCAAUGCAACGUGAAUACAGCUAACUGUAUCAAACAUUAAAUGGGAGUGUAUAAUUAUUUAUCCAACCUCUGGGUUUCUUUGUUUCUGUACUUUAAAGCUACUACGACUGAUUUCUUUGAAUGAGUGGAAUGAUGCUGUUUUCUAACUGACUCACGUUGAAGCCGGUGACUUGAAAGAGGAUUAAGGCUGUGUCCAUCCACAGGCUCUGCCUCCUUUUAAAAGAUCCAGAAAAGUUUGGAAGAUGGACCAAAAUUCAGAAAGUGACUAAAGCAGAGCCGGCCCAGGUUAUAAUAUAUAACAAGUCCCGUGACCAUCCUAAGCAUGGAGGUCUCCAAAGAAGACCCAGUCCAUCGAUUUGCUACAUUGCUUGUUCCAUUCGGGGUUGCGGGGGCUUGAGCCAAUCCCAGCUGUAACUGGGUUGGCAAAACCCUGAACCGGGACCAGUCAAUUACAGGGGCCCACCUUAUGUGCAUAAAGGAACCUACAGACAGUACAACCCUGUCAGAACUGGCUCCUCACCAAAGAGUGAUCCAAGAUGUGGAGCUAUAACUAUUUUGAAUACAGGACUUGAUGACGUAGCUACAGUUCCUCCUAGCCGUCAUGGUCAACAGGAACAGCUUGCUUUACUGGCCAUCUCACUAUAACUGGAACCAUAAUUUAUCAAUCAAAUAUGCUGAUGUAUUCAAGAAGACUUUAAGCUAGACAUGAUUCAAAAACUCUAUAAAGGAAUGACUACCCAGGUAAUUUUUCCAUCAAUAUUUUCAAAGUCUUGCAUCUUGUUGCAAACACUCAAGUUACUUUCUGCUGAUCAUAAGAAAGGAUGCCAUUUUAAGGCACUUUCACAUUGAGUUCACCUCUGAAAUUGUCUGAAAUGAAAGUAUUACAUAAACUCAGCUUCCAGCAACAAAAAAAUAAAUAGAAAUUACAUUUUUGCAAAUAUAAUUUCAAAAGUUGCUCUAAAUGGGAUGUGUUUUGUCCAUUUAAAAAUGCCAUUUUACCAAUCCAGUACAUGUUUGCACACUGGGGGGGCAAGGGGGGGCUAUGUGGGCUGUUUUAUUAAAAUUAGAGCCCUAAAAAAGCUUGGGCUGGCCCUGGAUCACAAUUACCAAAUUUUUUUCCAAAGAUGUAAAAGGACGCCACAUUUUUUCUUCAGUCCUACUAAUUGAUUCAGUGAUAUAAUAUCUGGAAUAAAAGGAGGUGGAGCCAAUGACGGGACACGCAGCAGUAAACGUCAUCGUAAUUUUGUACAACUUUAGAAACACUUGGGAAGAGAGCAGGACUGUUAAAGCGCUCAUGACAUCACUUCCUCUUCCUGCUGUGUGUCUGUUGGCUGUGAAUGAGGCACACAUCAAAACGAUGAUGCGUUUCCUCUUUGUUUCAUUGAAUGAAUCCGACAGAACACCAGUGCUCCUCUAGUCAGUACAAUGUAAAUAUUGUCAUAUAAGUGAAUGAAGUGCACCUGCUGUCUGUGUCCAUGACAGGAAAUGGGAGGGGGGCAAUCAGCCAAUCAUCAGCCAGCAAAGCUUUAAGAAUGUUCUGCCAAAGUUGUUUUCUUUUCUUGUUCUGCACAAGUUUGUUAGUAAAUCCGCUGCCCCCGUCCCUUCCUCCUGCUUGGAUACGAUUGUCCCCCUACUCUUGCCAUAGCCUCGAUGAGGCUGUGGCGCUCAUCUGUUGGACUGGUUGGACUGGUUGCCCUCACAUCUCAUGCCAGGCGCACGGUACAGCCUCGCCAUCAGAGACACUCCAGGCCUGUUUGUGCUUCUGGAUUCACAAAUAAAAGUCUGGACGAGACUCAGCAGCUGACUGAAAAUCUUCACCUGGUUUUAGGUUCCUCUUCUUUUUUGAGUUUAAUGGUUUGCCACAGUUUUCCAGCAGGACUUCUGUAUGGUGAAGGAACUCGCUUCUUAUCCAGUCAUUGUUGCGUUUUGACUGCUUCCUCUUCAGAGCACUGCCUUUUCUCAAAAACAGCUCCUGUCAUCGGAUUUUUAAGGAAUUCUUUGAAGAAACUUUACAUCUACUGCAAGGGUUAAAAAAUGGUCCAAAUGAACUGGAAUAUCACAGUUGGAAAAGUCAUAACCACUUAACAUAUAUAUCUAUAUAUUUAUAUAUUAUCUCUAUAUAUUUAUAUCUAGUAUGCAUAUAUGUUUGUAUAUAUAUAUCUAUAUUAGAUAUAAGUACAUAGACAUAUAUAUGGUUUCUCAGUUGAAAUUCAUUGCAAAAAAGACUGAAAAAGAUUUGUUUUCUGUAAUUACUAUGAUACACAGUAAUAGGCGUUGGUGUUAUUUUUGUAUAAACAUAAUAUCAUCUAUGUGGCAUGCAUGACAUAUAUACAAAAUUUGGUGGUUUAAAGCAAUAUGUCCAACCUGGUGCGAUUGGUUCUGUCGUGUUCUGUGUAGCCAAAAGCCACUCUGUGCAAAAAGAGAUAAAAAAAGAGAAACUGCAUUUGGAUAAAACUAACUGUUCAGUAUAUGUGUUCAAUGUUCUGUGUUCUGCAUGUUUUAGUAUGGAAUGAAACAUCCCCAAAUGUUGACUUGUUUCCAAAUGAAUCUCAAACACACGCCCCAAACACAUUACUAGCACACGCAUACACUCAAACACUUACAUGUAUUUGCACUGUGAGGUGAAACACACUGAGGAAAUUAAAAACUGUGUGACUUCUGAUGGAUGGAUUGAUGAAAGAUGAAGAUAUAACCCCCCCCAUCGCCUCAUUUAGUCAGAAACAAUACCAAUGUGUCUGCUUGUCCACCGUUUUCAUCCUCCAAUCACAGAAACUAACACCCAGAUUUACAGACGUUUCCUGAACCCAUCACCCACUCAUCUGUGCAGUGAGAGGAGGAGGGAGACGAUGACAGUUUACAAGCCUGAAACAUUCAGCAUGAUGUUCAGGUAGGCUUCUGCUCUGCAGGUGUCAUCAUCUCACCGAUCACAUCCAUUGAUCCCCCUCAUCCAUUAUCCUCCUGCUUCUCUCUGCUGGUCCAUUUCAGGAGAGAAAUGAGGAUAAUGGAGUUUGUUGCUCAUCUGUUUACAUCCAUGUUUGAGCCCAAUAUUAUUUUGGCUAACAAGAAACAUCAGUGUUAAAUUUACUUAUUGUGAAAUUUGUGUUACCACGACCAAGAUUAUUUUCAAUACUAAUUAAUCUCCCAGUGUUUAUUUAUUUUGAUAAAAGGUGACAUCUUCAAAUCCCUCCAUCUUGUCAAAAGCCUAAUGAUGAGGUCAUAUAUCACAAAAAGUAUUGAAUGUUUAAGAGGCUAUUCAACAGUGGUCAUUCUUCGUCUAUUAAAAAAACCCGCCAUAGUCACAAAUCUGUGAAAAAUUGUUUCUAAAUCCGUACUGAUCAGGCUCAAAAUCAGACAACACAAUCAUGAUAAUUUUUAAACAUUUUACAACACCAAAAAUAUUGCUUAAACCAAAAUUUGUCUCCUGAAGCUUUCUACUUUUUCACCUGAUUGUAAUGGCGUUUAACCAGAGGGUCUGGAUUGUUGGAAAGCUGUUUUUUUUUUUUUUCUUUUUCAAUGGAGGCAGAAUAACCGUUUCCUUCACUUUCAGUGUUUGUGCUAAGCUAGGCUAAAACAAGGCCUUGUCCAACAUCUGCUAUAAGCAAAGGGGAAAAACAGUGGGGUUUCCAACCAUGAGUUUUUAGGCGCAUUUUCAAUUUGCACAUAAAAAAAAACUGACUGGAAAAGCUACAAAAUUGAAAUUUUGGAAUAUUGAUUUAAAAAAGUAUGCUUAGAGGAGGUAAAAAAGUUGGAAUAUUGAUAAAAGAAAAUUUGAAAAAAUUGAGUCAAACUCUCCAUUCCUGCAGAUGAAAUCUUCCUUUGAUUUCUCUAUGAUCUUAUUAUUUUAUGGCAGGUGUCCAGCCACAUUUAAAGUGUUUUAUGUAGCCUUGCAGAUGUAGUCCUUGGACCAUAAUGCAAACCAGCGUUAAGCCCUCUUCUUCUUUAUUUUUUCCAUAACAGUUAUUUCCAUAAAAAUAGUCGAUGGAUAUACACACAAAUUUCCGUUUUCUUUUGCUGAUGUUUUUUAAUCAUUGUUGAAAUAUUCCAAAACAUCUGGAUGGAAACCCCACUAAUCUGGCUCUGGAUAAGACACAGACCAUGAGUAUUUUGUUAAAUUGUCAGCGAUGCGUGUACUAACGAGUGGACAAAGAGUCUGUAACAGUGACGAUAUUUACACCAUUAAAGUUUUCCAUUUCA